AUCGUUAAGCGGCAACGAUUGCAAAACGAUUCCAAACGCAUUUCCGUACAGUGCAGUAACGGUGCAGCGGUUCAAAAUUGAGGACUUCAUACAGUUUCAACAGCAGCAGCAGCAGCAGCAGCAGCAGCAGCAGCAGCCGCAACAGCAACCGUUUUACAUCCAGCAGCAACAACCGUUUCUAGAUCCCAACUUUAACGUUGGUGGACUGUAUCCGAUUGUCGAGCAGCAGCCUAAUUUUGGAUCGGCACAUGGUGUUCGAUUCAGUGGCGCGUCAGUAAAUUCCGUCACCAUUUCGUCGACCGUGGUGAAACGUAGGCCAGCGCCGCAGAUUACGGUAGCGAGCGGCCCGCAGGUCCUAUCGCCGAAGCGACUCCGCACGACCGCGCUGCCCGGCGUCGCGGCGGCUGCCCUUCCGGCCCUCGGCAACUGCCUCGUCCCGGCGCACCCAUCGGCCGCUGCCGCUGCCGCCGCCGCAGCCGCCCUGCUGCAGCACCAAAUCCAUCAACACCAUCACCAGCAGCAGCAACAACAGCAGCAGCAGCAGCAACAGCAUCUUCAACAACUGCACCACCAGCAAUCGAUUGGCUCGGACGCACAGGUACAGCAGGUGCAGCAAUCGAUCUCGCCGCAACCGAACCAAGUGUCCGUCUCGGUUGCCAGCGCACUUACCAGCCAGUCGCCGCUGGGCACGAUUCCCGUCAGCAGUACCGGAACAGGCGCAGUUGGGGCAGUAGGGCAGCCGCCGAUGUUUAGCUCGCCGGUCGUAGCACAAUCGAACACCGUUGUCAGCAGUCCGUCUAUGAACGGUGCGCUGAACGUGAACGCAGCCAACAACAACCACACCGGACUCGGACAGACCGGCCAGUCGGCCACCGGCAACCUCAAGAUGGACAGCUCGAUGGGUCAGAUGACGCCGAUGGCCCCGUUGGCAUUGUCGCAAAGUAUGGAUUCCGUUAAUACGGCCAGCAACGAAGAAGAGGUUCGUACCCUCUUCGUCAGUGGUUUGCCGAUGGAUGCAAAGCCGCGCGAACUCUAUCUACUGUUCAGAGCCUACGAAGGCUACGAAGGUUCGCUGCUGAAGGUUACCAGCAAAAAUGGAAAAACGGCAUCGCCCGUCGGUUUCGUUACGUUCAACACCCGAGCCGGUGCAGAGGCAGCCAAGCAGGAUCUACAGCAAGGUGUACGCUUCGAUCCCGAUAUGCCCCAAACAAUACGCUUGGAAUUCGCCAAGAGUAACACUAAAGUCAGCAAACCAAAACCACAACCUAAUACAGCGGCCACAGCUGCACAUCCUGCAUUGAUGCACCCACUUACUGCUGGACACUUAGGUACACCGUUUUUUCCUGGCGGCCCGGAACUAUGGCAUCAUCCGCUAGCCUUCUCGGCGGCGGCCGCUGAGCUGCCGAGUGCAGCAGCACUGCAGCACGCGACACUCGUCCAUCCGGCACUGCAUCCGCAGGUACCGGUACGGUCCUACCUCUGACUAAAUACGGACAAAGUCCUCGAACAGCAGCAGCCGAUGCACCAAGGGGGCGGGUUUGGAGCCAAGAAUGGAACAUCAUUUGGGGAAGAAGAGUGAACGAACCGAUCUCAGCUCGUACCUAAUGGCAACAACCUGACCGCAACAGAUGCAACCCGUACCCACCACCAACACCACCGCUACCACCAUCGUGAACCAUAGCAAUCUUGGCGGCAACCAGCAGCAUCAUCAGCAUCACUGCAUCGGCAGCACCGGCGGGGCAGCACUGAUCGGAGGCGGCAUGCAUGGCCGCGGUGCACUACAACCUGCACCGCCCGGAGCAACAUCAAUGGCCGGGCUGGGUGGACAGAAUGCGGGACUGUUCACCUUUGCUGUGGCGCCACAUCCACGGGCAUAGGCGGGCUGCUGCAGAAGGAUAAUCUAAUACAAAGCAUUAAACCAAAAUAAACACACUGCAAAAAAGGUGUGCCCAAGAGAGUAGGAGGAAUGGUCGAAAAGAAGUACUAGAUGGAUUGGGUUAGUGCAACCGCGAUCCACUCCAUGAUGAUCCCUGUGAUAAGCGAUCGAAAAGACGAAAGGACGGAUGGAGGCGCAAUUUUAGCCAGCAAACGCUUGUAUUUGAACCUGCACUGCACGUACAGAAGCACAGACGGGGAAAACCCGAACCCGUCGACAUGAUGGGAGUGUAAUUAAUCAAUCCUACCUAACAGAGCAAGCAAGAGAGCGCAAGCUUACACAGUCACUACAUACUUUCCUGAGAAACACGCUAAAACGAUUACUAAACAAAAACAGAAAAAGAGAAUACAAAACAAGUCUAGAGCGAUAUACAUUACGCGAAACGAGCGAACAAGCGCUAGCUAAAACAUACAUACUAGUUGAUCACUUUUUACCAAAAUGUGCCCUAAAAAAGGAGUGAUGAUUCGUUUGCGGGAGGUAGGUAAAGAGGGCGAAGAGAUACCACGAAGAAGGUGCGAGCGAGCGUAGAAGGUAAAGGACUAGUCGAGCAAUCGAGUUGGGCUGGCAAACUCUCUGGCAAGCGAUCAUCACUCUACCUAGAUUCCAAUUUGUUUUUUUCUUAUCGUAAAAAAUCAGCAAAGGCUAUUGUUAACCAACUAACGGCCGAUUUUUCCUCUCCCAGCGCACAUUAAUCUAACAAACGAAAUGAAAAAAAAAUGUAAAAGGGACAUUCGAUCAUUCUUUACAUCCCGUUUUUUACGCAUUAGCAUCAUUUUUAAUCCAAACAAUCUGAGAUAUACAAAAAAACAAAACCAGAAGGGAAAGAAUCUGCAAACAGUUUGGACGAAGGCGCUGGAAAGCAUUAGGACACGAUAUCGUAAGUCAAUAGGCUGAACAAGUAUGUGAUUAGGGUUUCAUCACUGCUGUUUGUUUGUUGUUUUUUUAAUUUGCUGCUAUAGGGGACAUAUAUGAUGGCCACCAUCUGCCAGAAACAAGCAAGACAGAGCCGAGUAAUAAACAAAAGCAAACACAAAAUCCCCAUUAGCAUGAUGAAGUAUAACAAUGGAAAAAGAAACAAAAUGUGAGCAAUAAGACACACAAUUAAUGACGAAGCAGAGCAAAGAGAACGGCCACACGGAAUGGCUGCAAAAUGAAAUACUAGUUAAACCAGCAACAACAAAAAUGAAAGGGACAAACGAAACAAAAACUUUGUAAAUGAAAAUAUCAAUGCAUAUCAAGAUUUUGAAUCGACAUUUAAGAAAACGAGAUACAUUUACUACUAGCCAGCGGGUACGGGUGUGAAGGCAGAACAUACAUCUGACGUAUUUAGCAAAGUUUUAAAGCAAGUUUGAGAGAAUAAACAAACAAACAAAAUGUGCGCAUAAGCGAUAAACGUAUAUACGAGUAGAGAGGUCAAGCUGUUUCGAAACAAUUCUAGGCGACAUGAGACCGAAAACGUUAGGUUUUUAUGGAAGGGGAAAGGAAGCAAAAGAGGUAACAACCAAAAACGAAAAACCAUCAACCAUCCCACGUCGAUAUGGGUCGUUGCUGGGCUAGUGUGGAUCAAUAUUAUUCUGUGUUUCUUUCAUUUUCUCCCAGCAGAUGAAGGAUUACAUUGAUGGAAUUACAUUUAAAUGCCUUUGCUUUGUUUGUAAUUGUUUCCUAACGUGAAUGGAAAACUAUUUUUAUUGCUAACAACAACAAAAAACACAAGACAUUUAAUGAAUGAAUGAUCGAGCUGCGUGUGAUUAAUUAUGUGUUUUGUAAGGGUGUGUUGAACUUAGCCGUAACUAUCUGGACUAGUUUGCUCUAGCAGCCCUUCGUUAUCCUGCACUAACCCCAUCCGCCUAAAUGUAAGCAAUUCAUAGUGUAGGACAAAAAAUGUUAGGGAAAAAUCAAGCCCAUACCACCAUACAGCUAACUAUUUUCAAUCAAAAGCUAAUUGCUUUCAAUUAAAAACAAAAAACUAUGAUUUGGCAAUACAGCAAUACAGUUACCUAACUGCGAGAAGAAAAAAACAACCACUACAGAAGAGAAAAACCAAAGAACAAACACUAAACAUACACCCGGAUCACGGGCGUGGGCUUGGGAAGGAUAAGGAAAUCCCUUUCUUUUACCAGAUUACCAAAGAGAACAUAACUAUGGCUAUGGUAUAUGCAGUGUAACGGGGGCUACAUUCAACAGGCUACACAAGACAUCCGCACAUGCCGUGCAGGGGGGUCAACAAAUUAACAUACAGAUAACCAAAAAGGAUAACGGAGUGGCCAGCAAGCAGCAGGUAUAAAAAACAAAAUGCAAGUAAUGCGAGAGUUAAACGUCAGACUUGCUUAGAAGCGAGCAACACAAAACAGUAGCAAUAAGUAGCGAAACUUUGAAGUUUUUUUUUAUUAUUAUUACUAUUAUUAUCAUUAUACUAUGAUUAUGACGGUUAUUACUGUCUUUGGUGAAGCUGUGUGAGGUAAUAUCUUUAACUCGUAAGCAUAACUAUAGUGCGUAAGUAAACUCAAUUAAUCCCAAAAACGAAAAACACAAAACGAGCAAGCUUAACGAAACCAUUGAACUAGUGAAACAGAAGAAGGAUUAGAGCGGGUCAGCGAGGGAAAACGAUUGGUAAAAGCAAAUGAUGAAGUGCGGUGGGUAGGGGGUACUAGAAAAGAAAGGUCUCUCAAGACCUCUGCGAAAACGGGGAAAGGAUUGAAGAAAGGAAGUGUCAGCGACAAGGCAGAACGUAGAAGCAUAAUCAUUCCGUCCAAUUCAAUGUGUGUAGUUAAGUCUGGCGUCUUGCGUGAGGUACGGAGGGCAAUCGAGCGAUAACAAACCAAGCAAACAAGCCGACAAUCUAGGCCAGUUUUGAACACAUGGAGACCGGUUGUCCGACCGGGAUGGGAGAAACCGCUAGCGCGGACAAACGAGCGAAUCGAGAGGGCAGCACAUCGGGAAGCGGCAGCUUCCUUCUGACGAGGUCGAUCGUUUGCUUCUCCGUGUGCUGCGCCCCUCGGGUAGCUUGACCACAUGGGAACUACUGCAAAUCAUACAUAUCAAUGUUUUAUUGGGAUGAUAAAUAGAGUGUACGAAGCUACACCGCAUACGAAGGUCGAGAGGCAAGACAUGUUUUUUCGUAGCGUAGUGUUCGAGGUAGACAUUGGGACAGAGGUGACCACUCUCACUCCCGACUGUGGAACAGAGACGAGCGAAUGAAAAACAAAAACCACACCGGAUCAUCAAUAUAAACGAGUAAAGGAAUGCAAGGAAGCGUGCUGAACGACGUUCACGCGCAAAACUUUGCCACACAAAGAUCAUAUACAUUGAUACAUAUAUAGGUAAUAUACAUAACAUAACAUAUUCGUUAGCGAAAUCGAUCGAUUGCAGGCAUGAUUAAUCCGAUACCCAUCCCAAUGCCCUUGCUAGGUUCUAGGGAGCGUUUCGGGCUUUUGUUACACCCUGUUUUACCCCUGUCUCUAAGCGAGUGGGUGUUCCCCGCGUAAGCCACGCUUCAAGCGCUUCAACCUAAACGGUGCGAGCUUCGCUAAAGCGCUUCAGCAGCGCUUCACUUGUUUAUGUGUUAGCACAUCUAGCACCACGAACAAACGCUUACGUCGUGGCGCACGAGGACGUCCCCUUUUCACGAAAUGCCUUUCACAACUAGCCUAAGUUCUCUUGAUAUAGAAAAAAAACGUUACGUUAUCUUUUUAAUGGGGUUUUACCCCCUUUCCCGAUGGAAAGCUACGAGGGCAGAGUUGGAGUUCUAUUCGUUUGGAUGUUUUGUUAUUUGCUUUUUCCAUCCCUCCCCAUUUUAUGGCGUUAUGGCCUUUAUUCGGGUACGGUAGCAAGUAAGUAUAACCCACACAUAAAACGAUGAAAAAGAACUUAAUACCGAUGUCGUGUGUAUUUGAUAUGCGUGUAUGCUUUAUGUGAGUGUGUUUGUAUUUGUGCGUAUAGUGGAAGUUAAAGACAUUUCCAUGGAAAAUGCAGGAAACAAUGAACAAACUGCAUGCAAAUUUGUUAGAAGUCCAUUAAUUUGCUGCUCUUUUUUUUUAAAUCACACUAUGCUGGAGUAUUUGUUUGUCACCUUGUGUAACAACAAACACUAGCUCAGCUAACCAGCCAUAAUAAGGUGGAGAACGUGAGGCAAACAGCAAUUAGAAGAACAGUAGAGUUUGAUACCUGCUCUUAUGGCUAUACUUAGCGAACGUUUGAUAGUGAAAACAAAAUCCACACAAAUAGCAUCAGCAAAAGAACAACGCUGAAAAGCUACAUUGGAAGAGCUGCACAGCGUGAGAAAGAGAUAACAGCGAGGAGUAAACUGCGCAUAAAGUGUGAGGUAGACACUUAAAACAUUUAAACAAAUGAAACAAAAGCCCUAGACGAGUAUGUUAUAUGAUAAAACAAAAUGGUAAAUGAUACAGCAACAAACAAAACAAAGAAGAAACAAUUCACACAUAUCAAUUUCGUGCCCGAUCAUAUUUGAACGAUAAAGUAGAGAAGAGAGGAUUAAACAAAUAACCUUUACUGCUGCCAGGUGAAGGCAACACAUUCUUAUUAAGGAAGGUUAAUAUAGUGAAGUAAAACAGUAAGAGUCUAUGAAAGCCACUAAACAUGUGAAAUCAAUGGUGUAACAAAAUACUAAACUAAGCAAACAACACACAAAAGCAAACAAAAAACAAGCAUACAUACACACGCAAAAUGCAGCAGACAUUAAACAUAAAAAAACAGAAUACAACAUUGAAUUACAAAAAAAAAAUCUGUAUGAUGCAAAUGGCAAGAGAGGAUGAUAGAGGAAGCAAAAAAAACAUUUUAGAAUAGUAAACGUUAACGAUGUUGUAAUGAAAUGAUGUGUCGUGAUGAAAAAAAAAUACAUUUAUAUUCAAAGUUUGAUAACAAGAAGAGCAAAUAUGAACGUAGGCAUGUAGCGAUAAUGGGGAUGGAGAGCAACAAAAAAAAGAAACUUAUUAGUAGAUAUACUGUGAACAAAAACAACAAAGAUGAACCGCAACAGGCAUGAUAGACCUGCCUAUGGUAUUUUAUUGCCUUACAUCUUCCCGAUGGCAGUAGGCGCGUGUGUGUGUUUUUGCAGGCAAGCGACAGAGAUGGACGGAGUGUCAUAAGUUCUUGCUUUCUUUUACAAACUACUUUUAUUAACCCUUUUCAAUUUGGUGAUGAACGUGUGAUUGGGGUUGAAAUGUCUAGCAAAACAUAAGAAAAAAACGACAUUAAGCAAGGAGACAAGAAACAACAAAAGACUUCCUUAGCACAGGAAAUGCGAAAAUAGAGAGAGAGACUAACUUUUUAACUGCUCCCCCGAAAGGCGAAACGAAUGCAAAUGAUUCUGACAAUCAAAUCACACACACUUUUCAAUUUGUGCGCACCAAACCAAACACACGUACAAAGUAAUACGAAGCACCGUUACAUUCGCGCUAGGAAAAAAGACAUUUCAAUGCCAGCUCAAAGCAGUCCAGUGCGAGAGGAGCGCAAUGGCUGCACCGAAUGGUCUCUUUGUCGCAAGAAAAGCCUCUUGAAGCAAUGCCACAAAACACACACACACGCAUCUGAAAUGAAAGUAAAUACCAAAACGGAAGCUCAUUUUUUUAUUAGCUUUUCUUUUGCUACAAUUAUUUGAAUCGCUUCACAACAGUGGAAGGAACAUUUUUUGCUGUUUUUGUUUUUAGUAUAUAGCCAAGCAGUUGAAGAGAAAAAAAGAAAGAAAGGAUUAACCAAAGAUGUCUAUUGUAUAUUUGUGCGAUUAAAUUAUCCUCUCUCUUAUUUAUUACAGCCCACGCCUUAUGUUUGUCCUUCAUCCCAGGAGCUAAUUUAUUUCUAACAACAAUCGCAAGCAAUCUUAUUUCGUACCUUUAGUUUCCUUAUGAAUUUUGUAGUCUUGCAAAAAAAAUCCAUUCCAAUUGCGUUGAUGUACUAGUGGGUGUUGUUGAAAUAAUAUUUAUUACUAAAGAAUCGUGUACCAUUCGUAGCAGAAGCGGUACGCCAAAUAUUAGGUUUAUUAACAUUAUUUAGAUAACUCUCUGCUUUAAACCAUAUUAUUCAACUACCCCUUCCCAUCCAUAGCAGGUUCAUCAUGCUCUUGAACGUUUGGCAAGCGCCCAUUGAACAAUUAACAGCAAAGCAGAAAGCAGUAAGAAACAAUGAAACAAGUAAUAACAACCAUACUAUGCAUACAGUGAAAGCAAAAUUAUAUAUAUAUACAAGUAAUUAUAUAUACACUUAUUUAGAUAUAUACUAUGUAGUACAAUCGAGUGUAAUGGUAAUCCUAGCGAAAUGAGGAGCAACAUCUUUCAAAAACAAAACCACACACAAACAACACAGCUAUAACAGUAAAGAAACGCUCGAUGGUUAAAAACACAAUGUUGCGAAAUCACCAAAACCACACUGCUAUGCCGCUGUUGCGUGUGAAGUUUGUACAGUUUUUCUGGCUAACACAAUUUUCCUAACACAAGGCAAGCAGGCAAGUUUUAAUCUUUAUAUUGUACGGUCACAAACUGCGGACAAAUACAAACAAAAAAAAAACUCUAUCCAAUCAAUCUCUGGCAUCACAAACAAAAGUAUAUAAUAUGAAAUACCCCCAACAACUCGCCCUCAAACUCCAACCACUCGUUACAGUGUUAUUCUAUCUAUUUGCAAAAUUGUCAAAAGUCGAAAACAACAGCAUAAUUAAAGCGCAACAUUCAUCCCUCACACACAGUGAGUGUCUAUACUUGCCAGGUUCUAACAGUACACAAUAUGAGAGAAAAAAAAGUUGGCUGAUUUUAUGCGUUUACCUAUAUCGUAUUCUACUAGCCCCACUCUCUCAACGGAAGACAUAAAAGAAUAUGCUAAGCAAGAGGGAUGAAAUGAAUGAGGGAAUGAAAUAAGCAAAAGACAAAGAAAGCGCUAUCAACAACAAAUGGAACGAUAAUAACAAACUCACUUGUUUUGUUCAUACACGUAAACAGAUUUGAUAUAGUAAAUUUCUAGAACGAAUAGCAUCAGCGGAUGGUAUACCCGUGGGGGUGAUAGAAGGAGCGUAAAACCUUCUAAUAGCAAAUAAACAUACUGAGUAAAGGGCAAUCUGAAGUGAAGGAAAAUGCUUCAAAUGCUACGUACGGCGCAAAUGCAAGUACAGAUAAAUAUCUCUGCUCUGCAUACAAUUACAUAAGACAAAACGAACAACAAAACAUGAAAAAAUGUUACUAACGCAAGUAAAUGGAAACCUAAUAAAUCUAAUCAGGAACUGUGAAGCAAACAAUGAACCACCAUAAUGUGAGUAGAGCUACCGAGAAAAACAACAACAAAACGUCAUAAAAUCAGGAAACAGACUAAACAGUCUAACUAGAGACAAGAAGAGAAGAGAACAAAACAAGCCGAAACCACUAGCACAGAAAGCAACAUCGAAACGGAUCAAUCGAAACGUAUUACCCAAAAUGGACGCAGUCUUAAGCAAUAGUAGCAGUAACACACUGUCAUUUUUCGUUUCCCUGUGUCAAAAUAGUUCCCAACCUACACCACUAUUUGUAUCUACUAAACCUUAUGUUUGAAGCACGUUUUCUGACGCACGUUUGAUGGCACGAUCACUAUCACAAAGGGGAAAGUUCAAGCAAAACGCAUAAACCACCAAACAACCAGAAUGUCGCACACAAUGAUCCAGUUUGUUGCUUCACUACCUGAAUGGAUUGUAUCUGAUUUUGACUCGCUUUGUUGGUAGUACGUUUUUGUAGGCUUUAAUGUUUUCUGUUCUCUAUUACCGCUGAAUAAACCACAAUUUGCACUUCCGGACUCGGACAGCACGCUCUGUACCGGUCAAAAUAAACCACAGCGGAGAGAGUAGAGGCUCAAUUCUCUGUCUCUCUCACACACACUCUCACUCUCUCUAUCUCUCUAGUUCUCUCUAGCUCUCUUCCAUUUUGAUUAUAAAUAUCCGUCUAUCUUGAUCGAUCACACACACACACAACAUACACUCUUGUUCUAUGCUCCAUUGCACCACUCCCCUUGUCAGCGCACAGUUGCUAUGGCUACUAGAUUUAAAUUCGUAAAAAAUCAAGAAAAACGAAAAACCACAAAACCAGCUUGGCUGUACCUUCUGGGUCAGUGCUCACGUAGUAGAGGAUCUUGCACAAACCAACAAACCACACGCAUCUCCCACUUUAUCGCACGUUUGAGGGUUUCCUGCCCCGUUGGGUACCGUUUGCAUCAGCAAUAUAUGCAAUCAAAAAUGUUCGUACAGAAACGAACCUGCAAAUCAAACCUUUAUUAGUGCACAAAAAUCACCCUUCGUGUCAUUUCUUUUAGAAACUCACCAUUUUUUGUUUUAACAUCUUUUAAGUUCAGUAUUUAUCUCGUAUCGUUCGUUUCUAAUAUUAUGUUUAGCAUUCAAACAAACAACUUUUUUUUAUAAAAUUCAAGAUGGAAUAACACUUUCAGAAUGUCAAGUGUUGCUCACUACACCAUUCUGGUAGCAUAAAGCGAAGAAAGCACAAAUCUAUCAACGAUGGCUCAGCAGAAGAGCGAAAAGGAGAUCGAGAGGAAAUCACACAAUAAAAGUGAACAAAUAUAAACGAAAGCAAUAAUUAAAUGUUCUACCGUCGUAGUUACGUGAAAGCGUCAUCAAAAUAUGUAACCACCAUCAGAUCAUCUCAUGUUAUGCUACUUAGCUAGUACUAGGUGGCUACUCUCCAUCGUGCACUCCGUCUCUCACUGACGGCAGUGGCGUCCAACCUGCUCACUUAUAAACGGUAUCGUACGCUUCAUUUGUCGAAGCAGCAGGACAAAGCAUGAAGCAUGUUUGUAGUCCACCUUCUGCUUAGGUAAAGGGAAUAAAUUAUAUAAAGUACUUGCAGCUGCACAUGACACAUCUAUGUGUGGUACAUUUUAUCAAAGCGAAUAUUUUCUGUACUCGUUUCAAUUUUAACGGUUUUGUGUAGUUUAAAUUCGUUAUUUAAAGUGGCAGUACUUGUGCAUUGUUUUACUUCGGUUAAUAUUUCGGUUUCAAACCCAAUCUCAAAAAUACCAAAGUUAAGCCUAUUGUGCCGUUCUAUAUUUUUAUUACUAUUUACUGGUAGAGCAAACCGAUAAUUCUACCGCCGAUCGAUUGUUGAUUAUUGAAUAUUGAACAGGUUUCACAAACAAUCACGAGAUCACCUCCUUUUCAAGUGGUAAGCACACACUUGAACGAGAUCUCAAAAAGAUUCUCGCAGUGGCAAACUGUCAUGCUCGAUCGACGGUAUGAUUGACGGACCAUUUGUAUUUAAAGCGAAGCAGGUACACUACCCCCCCCCCCCCUCUCCCCUUUCCUUGCAUUAUGUGAUCGUAACAUUUUGUUUCUCACUUGAUUGAUGUGCACUAGUAGGGUAUGUUUGUUUUGUUUUUUGUUUUUUUUUUUGCCCAAGCAAUUCUUUACCGUUUUUUUUAAACAAAGACGGCAAUAAUUGCGCAUGCAUUAUUUUAAUAAAAAAAAUAUAAUACCAAAUAACGUUAAUUUAAAUAAGCUAAAAGGGCGAAAGUAGGAAAGGAGAAAGAAAAACAAACAGUGAAGGAUACAAUAUAAACACGAAGCGAUAUUUGGGGAUAAGAUGGGAAGUUGCGGGAUAAAUCGGGGCAUACGUAGGCAAAUGGGAAGGGAGCAAACAAAUUUACGAUAAAGACAAAGUAAGAGGAUCGGAUUGACAACCGAACAAAAAAGGAACAAAAAAUGAGCACUUUCAUAGUUGGCAUACCAUUUGUAAAGAUGGUCAUCGCCCACCCCCAUUCUGCACCAUUUAUUAGGCGUUUUUAAUUACAUUUUUAGAAUGUAAAAGCUGGCACCGUUGAGUGGUCCGUUUUGUAAAUGUUCUUUCAGUCUUGGGUUCGUUGGAAAUGUUUGUCUUGAUCCACACAUACUCGUUCGUUCAUUAAACGCAAUGUUGCAUAAAUAAAAAAUACAAUGAAACAAUACAACAAAACAUCAAAAUAAACGAAACUGUUCUGAAUUGUUUUAGCACACUUCUCAUCCAAUGGCUUCUAAAAAUGCACAGAUACUAUCUGAAGCGCGUCUAAAGCUACAGUUUCUAUUCAAUUCAACAACUGUUUUAUUCCAUUUUGCAUGAGUGACAAAUCUUUUCAUCUUUCCCAUCUCAACAUCCACUGUUCGCUUCCUCGAACAUCUCAUUGUCGCCAUCCUCACGAUCGUGAUCUUCCCGAGAUGAACGUGACUCUGUCGGUACACGCUCGGUAAACUAUCAAACAAUUCAGAACAGGAAUGGCCUUAAAAAACGAUUUUUUAAAAUACAAGAACGAAAAAAAAAACAACAAAAUAUCGAAACAAGUGGACGAAGUCAAUCUAUUAUAUACUGAGAAGAAAGAAUAUUAUUGAACAACUAAAUGAGAUAUAAACAUAAUAGUAAUACUUACAUUGCCGGAUACGCGAUUUAGAACACAUAUAAGUAAGAAGGAAAGAUCCUGUUGGCGAGGUCGCGUGUCUAAAUCUCCUAGCAUGGUUGAGGAUCUGUUACAGUUGAUCCGUUCCUUCACAUCUACUGUACCAAGGCAUGGGCAGAAUGGGAGCGUCAUAGAUACUGCAUCAAUCAACGGGGCAUAACGAACAAGAGACAUGUUGUACAAUUUAAUCAUCCUUGUCGAAAAGCGAACUCUGUGAGCAUGAUCGAUGUGGUAGACAAAACGGGAGGGAAAGGGUGAGGGAAAGACCAUAGAAUGAAUAAGCAAAAUGUGUGUGAUUAUUACAUAAAAAUAUUAGCAUUAUUUGAUAACUUUAAUAACAAACUGCGCCGCAAAUGAGUGUGUGUGUGUUGUGUGUGUGUUGCCGUGCGUGCGUUUAGCCGGAUAAAAUAAAUGGAAAAGAGAAAGAGAGAAUGAAGAAGGGUAGAGAAUAAAGCCAGGAAAUACAAUAAAACAAAAAUUAGUCAGGAAAGCAUCAACCCAAAAAUGGAAACCAAAAAACAAAUGAAGCAAAAACAAAUGAACAAACAAUUUAUUUAUUGCAAAUGAUUCUGAUCGUGCGCUGCGAUAUUCGAUAGUGGAUUUUAAUUAUAACCCAACUACCACUGUUUGGAGUGCUAGCGUUUUGAACUUUUCGCAAUCAUUCAUGUGCGCUUACUUAAUAAGUUUACUGAAAGAGGAGCAAUACUAGCCUUCAAUUAUUUCCCUUAAUCGCGUGACACUGUAAAAACGUGCUCAGCAUACGUGUUGAAAGCAUCUUCUUGAUUGAUCACACUUCAGAACGUUAAAUCGAACACCGCAUGUGUUAUACACUCUGUUAAACUUUUGUUAAACUGCGUAGCGAACAACGUAUAGAACAACCACUGGACCGACUCUGAACCAGAGGGCUAAUCAGAACACACACACUAAAAAAGCUAGACAUUAUACUGUUUCCUCAGAGAGUGGUUCUGCAGCAGCAAUGUUAGCAGGAGCGACGCGAUCUGUUAUACGGUCCGUUACUUUCAUGACAGCGCAAGGGGUGGAACACGGAUCGGAAGGAAGGGAACGAGCACUGUACUAACAUGCAGCUAACAGCAACAACACUAUCGUCUAAAGCGCUAGAUAUAUAAUUAACAUUGUAUAGGGUCCAAAGAGAAAAAGGCAAACAAACAUAGCAGAGGAAACGAAGGAAAGUUAAAUAACAAGUAUAAGUGGCUGGUGUUAGCUAUCGGUUCGGAGACGAGGCGGCAUAGUGAGGGAAUGCAAACAAUACAAACAAUGGAAUCGAUACAAAAACAUGAUGGAAACAUUGAAACAGUAAAUAAAGCAGUAAACUAAUUAUGGAAUAACUUUA